AUUCUUUAUUGGACAUAUAAUCCUGCAAGUGGCAAAAAUAGUUUGUACGUUGCGAUGUCCCAAGCAUGUCAGCUGAAAGCCUUGCUUCAGGUUACUGCGGCUAAAAUGGAUAUUGAGGAUGAACUUCUUGAGCACUACCUGAAUCAGGUUGUGAAAGUAGUAUGUUCGUCUGACUUGUCAAAAGCACUCACAGAAGAAUUCCUAUUAUCUGUCAAAUGCUUAAUUAACAUUUGUUCAGCUGUUCAAGGAACACGUCUUUUAUCAACUCUGCUGUCAACUCAAGAAAAACGUGAAGAGUUCACUCGGAUCCUUACUACCCUCUCUUUGGAUAAUUCUAGAAGUCAUGCUGAUUUAGCGUCUCUAGUUAUUGACUUGAUUUCAAAUUUGACUAGAGAUCCUGUUUGGUUGGGUCAUUUUGGUGAACAUUUUGAUAACAAACAUAUUAGAUCGAUCCUCAGCUCAGGUUCUUCUAUCCAGAAGUUUCUCCCAAUAGUACUUAAUCUAAGUAGGUUAACAUCAGUACGCCACUCCAUAUGCUCAUCAGAACUAUUACGAAAGCUGAUCGGUUUAUUUUCAAAUGUGAGUUCCGUCCCUAUCAAAAUUCUAAUAGCUGGCAUAAUAAAAAACUGCUCAUUUGAAGAUGAGCUUCAUAGUGAACUUUUCAACAAGGGCGUUGGUUUGCUUGAUGCACUUUUAGUUCCACUUUGUGGUCCAGAAGAUUGUAUUGACAAAGAAGACCGUGCUAUAAUGCCUAAGUCUGUGCAGACUAUAACUGGGAGCUCCCAAUUUUCUCGUUUGUUUUCCACUGAGUUGUAUCUUACUAUUUGCCAAACAUUUUUGCAGUUCUGCUCCACAAGUCACGGACGAACAUUUCUUCGGUCCAAUGGAGUUUAUUUUAUUUUGCGCGAGUUACACAAUUAUAUAGCAAAAGCUGAAGAACAAACACAAUGUCCUAAAACUGACGAAGCAGUUACAAACAAGGAAUUAUUAUUUUGUAUCGAACAAGUAGUAGAUCAACUCAUUUGUGAGGAAAGUGAACGUGAUGAGCGCUGUGCAAAAUCCAGUCUUAGAGAAAUAAAUAUUGACGCAGAAACUCAAGAGAAACUUGAUAGAGUGAAAAAAGACUAUUUGGAAUGCAAUUAAUGUCUGAUAUCUUUAGUGUAUUUCAUUUUGGCUUUGUAAAUAGUCAGUACUCCAGUUGCUGUUUCUACUCUUUAAUUUUUCGACACCUCGAUUAAUUCUAAGUAACACUUACGAAAUUGAAUUUGAGUUGUUUAACGUUAAACCUGUGUAACAACCUUCGUUGAUAGAAAUCCUUUUUUAUCACUAAGCGAAAUAUUAGACCUUAUCUGCGAA